AUGAUCAAAACAGCAUCUGAUCCAAAUCUACGGGACGGGCAGUCCUUUAACUCACUGGAAAUAGUUGGUACAUGCUGUUGGAAUCCUUUCCUUUUGGCUAACACUAGAACACCAUUCUUUCUCAGCAAAUAUCCAAAAAGAGCCUUUACAUCAAGGUUUUUAAUAGCACUGCUUCAUUAUGGAGGGGUUCCAGCAGAUUAUUUUUUGGAGCUUGUAAGGAAGGCACUAAAAGAUGUUGAGAAAGCUUGUCAUAAAGCUAGUGAUUCUCUCGAAGUUGCAUAUAACCAUGCCAAUAUGGACGAUUCUAUGUCAGCACGAAUGAUUCUUUCUGGAAUUCAACCUGAAGAUGAUGCAUAUUUGCAAUACCAGCUGGCUUUUAUGACUCGAGAAGAAAGAGAAGGAAUCAAAUUAGGAAGGAUUCCUAUUGAGGAGAGUUACUAUCUGAUGGGCACAUCAGAUCCUACUGGGACACUAAAGCCCAAUGAAGUUUGUGUGAUACACGAGAAUGGACAAAUUUCUGGAGAGGUUCUUGUCUACACAAAUCCUGGGUUACAUUUCGGCGAUAUACAUGUAUUAACAGCAACUCCAAUUCCUAAUUUGGAGAAGGAUAUUGUGGGAUUUUCCAAAUAUGUUAUAAUACUUCCUAUUUCUGGUCCACGGUCUUUGGCUGAUGAGAUGGCUAACAGCGACUUCGACGGUGAUAUGUACUUUGUAUCAAGAAAUCCCCAGGCUGGAAUUUGGAUGGAAUUUGCGAUGUUGUUUCUGAUAGUUUUUUCUGAUAGUUGA